AUGCUGAUCGAUUCGGAAAAUUCUGUUGUAAAUACUCCUGAUGAAAAUAUAUCUGAUAAAAAUGAUUUUAAAUGUGAAAAAAUCACAGAUUUUAGUGAAAAUGAAACUAUAAAAAUAUUAUUAUUUCCUCCGGCAAAUAAAAAACUCCGGUACGAUACAGACACUCAAAGUUUUGAAGUACAACCUAUCACAACAUCAACAAUUGAUGUUGAUAUUAAUCAAAGUAAAAGUGCAGAAUAUGAAAGUUUACAAAAUGAUAAUUUCUCUGAAAUUUUACCUCCUGAAUCUGGCUUAACGCCACUCAUAGAAAAAUGCAAUGUUUUACCUGAUAACACUGAACAUAUAACUCAAACCGUUGUUAAUGAAUUACAAGAAGGACAAAAACCACCAAGUUUAGAGUGUUGUGAGACUAAUUUUAUUUCUGAAGUUUUAAAAAUAGAAAAAGUUUUCUUAAAUAGUAAAUUAGGAUGUAAAUGGUCACCUGAUGGAUUAUGUUUACUAUCCAACAGCGAUGAUAAUAUUUUAAGAUUGUUCGAAACUCCCCAAAAUCUAAAUACUUUCGACAAUGAUGUAAAACCGGUUUUGCAAAUGAAAGAAGGCGGAACAAUUUAUGAUUAUGAAUGGUAUCCAUUAAUGAACAGUACAAAUCCAAUUUCAUGUGUCUUAGCAUCUGCGAGUCAAGAUUCUCCAAUACAUUUAUGGGAUGCUUAUACAGGGUUGUUAAGGGCAACUUAUCAGCCUAUUAAUCAGUUUGACGAAGUGACACCUGCUUACAGUGUUGCAUUUUCACCGGAUGGUUCAAAAAUAUAUUCUGGAUAUAAAAAAUAUUUAAGAAUAUUUGAUACUGCUCAACCUGGAAGAAUAUUUGAAGAAAGAAUAUUAAAAACGAAAGGAAAUCCUGUUUACCAAACUAAUAUAGCAUCAUCAAUAUGUAUUAAUCCAAUUGUACAAAGUUUAUAUGCUGUCGGAUGUUAUGACAAAACUGUGGGUAUAUACAGCGAACCUGAAGGAGCACUACUGUUCAUUCUAAAAGGUCAUUCGGGUGGAGUGACACAAGUUAAAUUUUCUACAGAUGGAUUAUACCUAUUCUCGGGGGGAAGAAAAGAUCCAGAAAUUCUUUGUUGGGAUAUGAGAAAUCCUGGAAAAAUUCUUUAUUCGAUGAAUAGAACAGUUACCACACAACAAAAAAUACAAUUUGAUUUGUCUCCGAAUGGAACAUACUUAAUUACUGGUACGACAAAUUGUGACGUAAAUUUUUACAAUCUUAAAAAUCCACCAAAUGAAAAAAAUAUUCUGGAACCGAUUCAAGUAUGGAGAGGACACGAGGAUUGCGUUAACGGCGUUCAUUUUCAUCCUAAUCAAUUAUUAUUUGCAAGUUCGUCGGGUCAACGACAUUUUUCAACCGUUCAUUACGACGACGAUGAGAAUGACGUCAUUGAUACUAAUGCCACGAUCGAAAACGAUAAUUCAACGAUAGAAAAUAGUUUAAAAAUAUGGACUUAUAAUAUAAAUCCUUAA